AUGGUUACAAAUGGUAAAACCUAUCAGCUUUUACGCCAGCUCCAGGUACUGGAAGAUAGGACAAUAUGUUUUGAUAAAUACGACUCUCAAGCCAUUGUCGGCAGCAAAGCAAAAGACGUUAUGCAUAAACAAUUCCUUAGAAACGAGAAGACCUAUAAUCUCAGAUCCAGAGAGGUAACCUAUAAGGUGGGCCAAGAAGUUUUCCGCAGAAACUUCAAGCAAAGUGACUUUGCUCAUGGCUACAACAGUAAAUUGGCUCCUACAUUCCUCAAGGCUCGAGUACGGAAGCGUCUGGGAAAUAGUAAUUAUGAGCUUGAAGAUCUCCAGGGAAAGCUUUUAGGUGUUUUUCAUGCGAAGGAUAUUAGACAAUAA